CACAAGAAUACAUUAAGCACAGGAAGCACUCUGUACAAAGUCUAGCGAGUGUGCUGGGGGAAUGGCGUCGCUGGGUCCCGCAGUCUCAUCUCUCCGCUCCUCACUCACCCUACUCGAUUCCAGUAUCUCCAUUCUUGACGAGGGUGUAUCCGACUUUGCUCGUCUAUGUAAGGUACUACAAACACAGCAGCACUUCGAAUUACUUCCCGAACACGCACUAAGUGAAGCACAACAAUCUCUGGUCGAUGAGAUCGUCCCAGCCAUCAAUCAGUUGAUCUCAACGGCAGAGAACUACAUCAAUCAACUUGGGCGGAAAGAGGAAAGUCUGAAGGCCAGAUCGGAGUUGUUGGAAGGUCGAUUGAACAACAAUCGAAGAAGCUCCGGCUUUGGAGCCAGCCAGCCAGUGCGGAGUGUGAAGGCCUCGCAGCCGAUCGGCCUGAAUGACACCAGAGUACUGGAGAUGAAGCGCAUGCAGCAAAAGAAGGAGAGGCUUCAAUAUGCAAUCGAAAGAUUGGAGUUACAGAGCAAACAACGAGAACGGGAGUUGAGAAAAAGCAUGGCUAUAGUCAGGGACUGACUUCGUGAACCAGCGCUCCCAACGACCAGUCAGCUUGACGUCUUGCUUGACAGACAAUCAGAGUCAUAUCGCCUUGCAUUGCGACAUAAGGCUGCGUCCGCGCGGACAUCGAGGGCAAAGCCACAACAUGCGAAAUUGAAAACAUAGUAAUAGCCGGGAACAUGUUAUAAACCAGCUUUUAUUUGCUAUAUCAGGCGCUUCAUGCCUGACGCCGAGCCUAGAGAGCACGUUUGGGCUUGCCACAUGCCACUAGGCUAUGGAGCAAAGAAUUACGAACUGUUGGGUUCUUUCGCAAGGAAG